UGUGAUGAUUUCUGUGUGACUUAGAGAACUGAGAAUAGGAGUGAAAGGUCUACCAGAGAAUAACACUUUGAAAAGCCAUUCCGCUACAUUACUCAGAAAAUGGCACAGUUUUAUCCACAGCUUCUUCUGCUAUUAUUGCUGUUAAUAUCAGAGUGCAGAGGUGGCUCACCAGUGAUAGUGUCUGCUUCUCUAGAAGACGAUGUAGUUCUCCCUUGUUCUGAUCCAUUAAUGACGGAUAAGGACACGUGCUUUAGAGUCAAAUUGAUUAAACAUGCAACAGAUUCCAGUCAGAUGAAGGUGAUCCUUGCCAGACCUGAAAUAUCCAAAUUCAAGGAUGCUCAACGUGUGAAAUGGCAAGCUGAUAAAAACGGACAAAUGUCUAUUACGCUGACAAAAUCACAAAAAUCUGAUGAGGGACUGUACGGAUGUGAAAUCUGGACAGGCUGGGAUUCUAUUCUUGUUCAAAACAUAUCUUUGAAAGUGAAAGACUGCAAAAGCCUCCAGCCAGUAAAGGCAGCUCUCAGCACCCCCGUUACCCUGAACUGCCCUGUGGACAUAGCAGCAGGACAACAAGGACCCCCAAAUAUCUCCUGGGCAAUGCUGAAAGCAGGCAACCCGGUACCUUUCAACUCUAAAACCAUACAUGUGACAUCAUUAACUAUCGAGUCUAUGAAUGACAAUGACAGCGGUUGGUACAGAUGUAAUUACACGCUUGAUCAAACCCAGCGCUGCUUUGACAUUAACCUACUGGUCCCAGAAGAGGAACAAGUUGUUGUGGACACAGCGGUUCCAGGACUGACAACCAGGGAGAUUAAUUUGGAAAGAGAUAAGAAUGGGAUCAGUGAAGUAUUUUUGGCAGUUGUUGUGGCUUCAGUCAUUACUGCGAUUGCCAUAAUGGCUGCCCUGAUGGGAUUGUUCAUCUACUGCAGACGUAACUCCCAGACAGUUACACAGCAAACUCAGAGGCCCCCAGCAGGUUCUCCUAUAGAGAAUGGUGGUUAUGAGAUUGUGAACACCCUUUCAGAGAACCGUACAAACAGUCUAUACCAACACUUCCCAGAUGAAAGCCUGUGUACUUUCUGGAAUUAGUAGUUCUCCGUCUGCUCAAGACAUAAAAGAAGAUUGACCUUGUGAUUCUCCUGCUUAUAUAUACACAUCAUAAACAUGUAACAUCUUCUAACCUGUAAAGUGUUUGUCUUGUGAGGGAGAGAAACUAAGACGUAUAUGGAGCAGCAUGGAAAAUGUGUACACUGUGAAACAUGAACAAUGCUACACUUUGAAUGUUGAAAAUACUUUAACACUGUUUUGUUAAUUCAUCUAAUCAUCUGUAUUCAUUUAAUUGCAAUGAAGGCCUGUUGAAGAUUACAAAUGUCGUUUAAUAUGUUAUCCAAUUUAAAUCAAUAUCUGUUGGAAUUUCAAUGAUCAUUAAAAAGGAGUCAUAAGAACUGAUUUAGAGUUCUGUUACAAGAAAGUAUUCUUAUUUAAAACAAAUGGAUAGUUGUAAUCAAUGUUAUACAUUUUUAUUAUGCUUUAGUUUACAACCUGUAAUAAAUCAUAAAAACUGUCUGUUGUGGUGACAGCUCCUCUUUCGGUGUGCCUGUGCUGGUGUGGUCCCUCAAUAUGUUUGUCUUGAAUGACCUCGUAAAUAUGAGUCUGUGUAGAGAAUAUCACUGGAAUAUCAGACACAAAGGUUAUUUUUAUAAUUGUUAUCUCUUA